GAGGAGUAUUUAAAAAAGCACCAAGGUAUUAGCAGCCAAAUUUAGAGAUUAUGAUAAUUAUCUCGAUUGAUAAUAUACUAUGGAGAUAGACGUGAAACAAAGAUCAGAGGAAUGGUUCCAAGAGAGGAAAAAAGUAGUUCUGACAGCAUCUAGAUUUGGGGAAGCCUUAGGGGUUGGAAGAGGGCGACCAUUUGAUUUUCUUUGUUACCUGGUCAACCCUGAGUCAGAAGAUGUGCUCGAAGAUGAUGAGGGAUCACAACAAAAGACUUACAAAAAACACGGAGUUGAUACAGAGGUUGUUAUAUAUGAAGCUUACCAGUUGCUUAUGGGGAGUAAUGAAUCACACCAGCCUCGAGACUCAGGUUUCUGGGUUCCACGAGAGAGUGAUAUGUUGAAGGGUCUGGUAGGUGCUACACCAGAUGCAGUUAUAACCAACAAAACUGGUAAAGUCAUUGGUGUUUGUGAGUUCAAAGCACCAGUGCAUAACUUGUUUGGCUAUGGUGAAAACUGGGGAAGGAUUCCAAGAUAUUACAUGGCACAGAUUCAGGGACAGAUGUACAUGGCAGGAGUGCCUUGGUGUGAUUUUAUGGCAGUUUGUACCAAAACUAAAGAAGUUCUCUUAAAACGUGUAUAUUUCCAGCCAUCCUACUGGAUGCAUAUCUCUUCUACUCUCAGCACAUUCUGUCAUAUUCUUCAGGAGGCAAGACAGAGAAAGAAACUGAACAAACCGGUUUAUGACUUUGAAGCUGCUAGGAGACUUCAGAGUGUUCCUUUCCAAAAUAAACUGUUUCCUGGUGAGGGGCAGAUUCGUGUUGUGAACUUAUUGCGACGUAAUGCCAAAGGAGAAUAUGGCGUAGCAGCAAAUCCGAAUAGCUGGUUUACAUACAGUUUCCUGAUGGGUGUACCUUAUGUGGUGCCAUCUGUACUGAAACGUUACAGUGAAAAUCUUCUUGAAAUAAUUGACAAUGAUAUACAAAAAAAGAAGUCUCGUUCAUCCAAUGAUGAAUAGCAUAUAAAAAGAUAUAUUGAUGAAAAUGAUUAUUUAUCAUCAAAUUAAUUUAUUCAUUAAAUUUUUAUAAUUGUGUACAGAUGUGAAAUUUAAAAAGGGAGAUAAUCACAGAUCAUUGAAUACAUUUUUGUGGUGAAAUUUUAGUAUUGUUAUUUUAGUAUUUUAGUACAUGUCCAUAAAGAAAUUUUGAAAUGAUAAGCUGGAAACAUAUCUAUCAUUCAGCUGUCAUCUUGUUUUACACACAUUUAUUAUACAAUAUGCUGAAGCAAGAGUCUAUAGAAUUAUAUACAUUUACAGAAUAAUAGGAAAUUUGAUAGCAGUCUUGGGGUAGAAAUUCAGUUUAACAUAUUUUGAGUUUUUCAUGAUACAUUGUCAAAUUUUCCCAUAAGGACCUUCCUGUCAUGUCAUGAAGCACCCAUGGAGUAGGAACCAUUUUUUGUUUUACAAGUGGUGCUGACCCCAUGAGGGUAGAGAGGUGAUAGCUAAAUAGUUUAAUGCUUAUAGGAGAAAAAGAAACAAACCAUUCAGAUUCCUUUUUCUUUAAUUUGGAUGGUAUAAAAGUUGGCCCAAGAAAGCCAGUUGAGCAAUACAGGACCUAAAGGUCUCUUGAUCUAAUUUUUAACAAGAAUAAAAUUGGUAUCACCUGAAUAGGUGAGCUAUUGGAGAAAAGCAUAGCUCGCCUAUGUAUAACAUUUUUCACAUCAAAGUGAUAGAAAUAUAUGUACCUUAAAAGAUAAUGCAGACUGAUAAAUUUCAAAUUAUAUCAAGUACUAUGAAAGUAACCAUGUCCUGAGAACCCCUGUCAGGCCCUUUAGAAAUAAAAAAAAAAUGUCAUUACAUAUAGAUAUGAUACUGCAAACGAAAGCAUAGUUUUAAUUGCAAUAAAUAUGUGGAAAACUGAAUUUGGUAAGAAAAGAAAUACUUAUUUAACUUUGCUUAAUUAAUCUUUCAACCCAAAACUAAUCUCAUAAAUGAAAAUCAGCAUUCUAGUUUAGAUCUCAAACUUUGCAACAUCUUAGUCUGAAAAUUUGUGCCCAAUUAUGUAGAUUGAAAUCUGCUGAAUAUCAUUAUUAUGUCUCAUUUGUAAUAGUAUUAUAUGAAUUAAAAUCUGAAAUUAUUGAAACACUUUCAAUCAUUUAAACAUAUUAUAUGUGACAUAGUUCUAGUCGUUACCUUUUAUUAACCAUCUAUUUCUUGGUAUUAUGUAGAUAAUUACCUUUGGUGAUUAUCAUGUGUAAUCAUGCAGUACUAAUACAAUUAUGUAUACUGUAGAAUCAUUAAUUGUUGUGGGUGAUUUAUUUUCUUUGAUUCUGUGGGCACUCUAAUUCAUAUGCCAAAGAACUGCUAAAAUGAGUAGAUUUACAUUUUAUAUAUUCAUCUUGAAAUGAAGUGUCCAUAAAAAAGUAAAUUUUGAAGAAAAAAACUAGAUGAAUAAAAAACAGAAAAAUGGAUCCUCAGAAAAAUAUAUAUGACAGUAAUACUAUCCUAAGUUUCAGCCAAGAAUAUGUUCAUAGCACCAGUUGGUACAUAAACUGCUUUGAUACUUUGACUGUUAUACCAAGAUACAUGUACUAGUUGUGUGAUCAUGUUUAGCAUUAGUGUGUUAUGACUGAGAGUAAAUGGAUUUGUCACAUGAAACUCAUGAAAGUGUGGUAUAUGUGUAGGAAGUGAAUGACGAAGUUUGCACAACACUUAACAGUUAUUGAGAUGUGUAAUUGUAUAACUGUCCCUAUUACCAGAUCACGAGAUUAAAACUGGGAAUCACAUUUUUUGCUUAUUUUGGUAUGAUUUUUAUUUCAUGAGGCGCAUUACAAUUAUGCAAGCUAUCAUGGGAAAAUUCUUUUCUAGUAAAAAGAAUUUUCUGAAGCAACAGUUACUAUUUCAUCAGCUUCAUUAUAUAUCAACAUGAAUCUUAUCUCAGGCUUUCUGUAAGAUUACUGAAAUUGAAUACAACUGUAUAACAUGUAUCACUCAAAUCAGGAGAAAAAAGGAUGAUUUAAUUUCUGAAAGACGGUUUUUAUCUCACCAGACCUGAAGAGCCAAGUGAGCUAUAGAAAUACCUCAGCGUCCAUUGUCUGUCAAUUUUAUUAAAUAUCACAACUAUUCAUGAAUGACUGAGUGGAUUUCAAUUAAACUUGGUCUGAAGUAUCCUUGGGAAAAGUAAAUCAGUUUUAUAUGAAUGGUGGGUCUGGCCCCCCAGGGGCCUAAGGAACAGGGCCCAUUAGGGAAAAUCAAUAAAUUUCUUUAAAAUCUAUCUUUUUUUAGGAAUUGCAGGAUAUUGUCCAAAUUUGGUGUUAAGUAGGCUUGGAUGAAGGAAAAUCAGUUUUAUAUAAACAAUGGGUCUCAGUCCCCUGGGACAAAAGGGGCAGGGCUUAAUACAGAAAAUGUCAAUUGUUCAAAAUCUAUCUUGUUCUUCAGGAAUUGCAGGAUGGUGUCCAAAAUUGGUCUGAAACAUGCUUGGGUGAAGAGGAAUCAGUUUUGUGUAUAUGGUUGGUCUCUCCCCCUUGCGGCCAGAUGGGUGGGUCCCAGUAGGGAAAGUCUAUCAAUUUUUUUAACUCUACCUUGUUGAUGUACUUGAGAUACCACCCAGUUCACCAUAUAAGCUAUUACUGAAAAUCAAAACAGAAAGACAGUAUUGAUAUAAGAAUUAACCCAUUGUGGUUUUAUCAAGUAUAUCGAAGUGGUUAAGUGACUGAUCGUUAAUUUGGAAAGAUGUGAAAUACCAAACCUAUUAGCAUGUAUAAUAUUGCUGGCCUUUAAGAUCCAGGUGAGCAAUACCGGCCCCAUAGGACUCUUGUUAACAGUUAAAAUUGAGGUAGAUUUUGAGAAUUGACAAAACCUUUUAUAAACAAUAUGUAUUAAAUAUGUUUUACUCAUUAAAUGGUAAUGUUGUCUCGGA